AUGUCGGACAUUCGAGAAAUAAAGAAAAGAAACGAGGACCCGACUGACCGUGAGCAAAGGCAAAUGCUCCGAUCUGCACAAUAUGAUGAGGCGAAGAAGUUUUUUAAAUGUCUCAGAAAAACGGGGGCAAUGUCAUAUUGCGAUUAUGUUGGGAGCCUUUCAGAGACACAAGUACACAUCGCAGAACAUACAAAAGACUUCCUGUUCUCGUGUAUUUUAUGCGGCAAAGAGCUUUAUGAUGCUACGCAAAUCUACACACACAGAAAUGGCAAAACAGUUUGCGGACCUCGAAAAGAAGACUUAAUUGUAAACAUCCCUCCAAAAGAAGACACAGUCGAUUUGUGGCGAGCAAGAAAUGUAUUUAUUGAUACAGCAACGAGAGAGGAAUAUGAUGAGUUCAAAAGGGGUCUUGCCAGAAAAGCUGAAAUGCAACCAGGGAAUAAUGGAGUCCCAGGGACGCCAGGUUACGGUGACGAAGAGGAUAAUAAUAGCAGAUCUAAUGUACACAGUCGACAAUCCUCUCGUAGCCAUUCUCGUUCCGUUUCCCGUGAUAGGUCAAGACGAUCACCGCCGAAAAUUAUCAACAGGGAUCAUCUGAUUUCAUCUGCUUCACAACCGACUCCAAGUGUUCCACCAGCAGCACCAAACGUUCCACAAUCAUCGGGGAUACCUGGAUUCCAGCAUCAGCCGCCACAUCAACAACCGAUGUCUCAAGCUGACCCAAGAGGGUUUUAUGAACAACAACGACAGAGCACGUCUGCAGGCGCACAUGGACAAGCAGGGUAUCAACAACCGCCACCGCCCGGAGUAUCUCAUCAAUAUCAUCAGCCACCGCUAGGAUUUGCUCAGCCACCGCCCGGAUUUGCCCAGCAACCGCCAGGAUUUUACAAUCAACCACCACCACAACAGUAUCAUCCAAGUGUUCAGGGACCGCCGGGAUUUUACCAGGAGCAGCUUCCACGGAAUGGAUAUCCAAUGGAGCAUCCUCCCAUGUUCGCAAAUGGAGGGGCUGAUUUUGAUCCGAAUAUCCUUCCUCCACCACCACAACAGCAUCACCGACCGCACACUCCUUCAAAAUCUCAAAACUGGAACAACAAUUUCCAAAAUGAUAAUCGAGGAGCUCAAAGUUCGUAUCAACGCCAUCGGAACAGCGGUUCCUCCACCGGACCACAAGAUAAUCAUCAAAACUCAGGCUGGAAUUCCUCAAGCUCUCAAAGGAACGGGUCCUAUUCCAAUCCAAGAGAUCGAGGACAACGUCAUGAAAAUUAUGGAAGGAAUGGCCCAGAUUCUCGAAAUAAUGCAAAUCGUCAACAACCACAAGAAACAUUGUAUAGAAGAUCGCCAGUACCAUCGCCCCAGCGUCAAUCCUCAGCUCCAACUGACAAUCAUCCGUAUGGUCAACCUCCAUCACAAAACCCGGUUGCCCCACCAACAUCCGAAUGGCAGAGAUAUCCACCGCCACCAUUGCCGCCUCCAGAGAGUCCAGCUCCGCAAUCGACACCACAGCAAUCACAGCCAAGUUCUUGGAUGCCGAAGCCGAUCGACAAAAAUCUUCUACAACAAUGUGCUACAAUCCUACAAAAGCCUGCUGCUCCUACUCUUGUUCCUGGACCUGGACCUGCACCAGUUCCAGAAGUCAAUGAUGCGAGACCGACUCGACGAGAGACAAAAGUUCCUUCUCUUAUAAUACCCGACUCUGGAGUCAGUGGUCAACAGAUAUACUCUGGUGGAGUGACAACACGUUCAAUGUCAAGAGCACAGUCGAGAAACCCAUCAAGAGCAACGUCUAGAGCUGCAUCGAGAGCAACUUCUCGAAAUGCAUCACCAGUUCGCGGUACGGCAGGACCAACUUCUUCGAACGUUCCCACUGGAGAUUCGACUUCAUCCCGACGUGGCAGGUCAUCCAAUCGGAAGGAACAAGAUCAGGGAAGAGGAACAAUAUCUCUCGCCAUUCAGACUCCUCAAGAGAUGAGGAGACAGAGCCGAAGCGCUGUUCGGUAUCGAACAAGAAGUCGAUCGAAGAGUAUGGAAACUCCGUCGAGGGCUGAGAUUGAUUUAGUUCAACAGAGACGGAAUGAGUUCCAACAGGCAGGAACAGCCACAGUCAAAGUUCCACCAGGACGGAACCGCGUAUGUAUGCUGAUUGAUACACCUCCUCCUCCAAAAACUAUGACCGAACGUGAAAGGCGAAGAAUGGAAAAUUUGGAGAAACUCAGAGCCCAGGAGGAAGCGGAAGCCAACCAGCGGAACACAUCAAAUAUGGAGCCUCCGGUGGAGACAACGCAUUCCGCCACUCUAAGAGGAUUGCACAAUCUACCAGAACGUAACCAGCCAUCAACAUCAUCUGCGGCGAACAGAGGAGGAGGGUCGCCACGACCAGUUCCGCCUCCAGGCGGACAACGUGGUGCAGAUAGAAGACUUAGAAAUUCAAAUUCACCUCCUCCUUUUCUUGGAAAUAAAAGACGUGGUAACAAUGAUGAUGACGACGAAGAUUUUACGGAUAGAAGAUUGUACGCCAAGAACCAGAAGCCUCGCCGUAAUGAUGAUGAAGAUCAGCAUAACAGAAAGGACAAAAGGCAUAGAGCUUACCGAGAUUACCGAAAUUAA